AUGGUCAAUUCGUCCUUUUGUGUCGACGCCGGUGCGUCAAACGUCGCCAACAUGAGCACCGCAAACAAUCUCCCGGCCACCGACUGGAGAAAUCAGGACCCGAGUACCUUCACUUUCAAGCAAAGGGUCCUCGCGCGCGCUGAUAGGUGGUCAAAUCAUCAUAAUGAAUAUCCUGUUUUCCAGAAGACGGAAAAGGUGCCAAAUUUCAACGCCUGGUCGGUCGAUCGGUGGAUCGUCACGCAUGCUGCCUGGCCUGUCGCUGUGCAUGCGGCAUACAAUCAUUACAUCGGCCCGCACUUCUUCGGGCCACUCCCACACAUCCUCGCCAUCGGUUUAUACGCACUUGGACUAACGAUAAACAUGGGCCGCGAGAUUCGGACCUUGGAGGCUCUCGCAUACAAAACCGGGUUCUUUGAUGGUGACAAACACUCACGCGACAAGGUGCCCGAGGAGCACUUCUCCAAGAUCAUCGCUAGCGUGCCCAGUAUCAUCGCUGCGCGCUCAAGCAUGACCGUAUUACUGGCCUACAAGCGAUCGGCGCCCAUCACUCUGAGCCCAUGGUUCCUCGUCGAGCUCACCUUGUAUCCAAUCAUCUUAGACUUCUUUUUUUACGUCUACCACCGCUCCACUCAUGAAGUAGACGGCCUGUGGAAAUACCAUCGAACUCAUCACCUAACGAAACAUCCAAACCCUUUACUAUCGUCCUACGCAGAUGUCGAGCAGGAAAUCAUCGAGAUGGCCAUCGUCCCUCUCUUGACAUACGCCACCCUCAAGCUUUUCGGUUUCCCGAUGACCUUCUACGACUGGUGGCUCUGCCAAUGCUUCACCUUCUUCGCAGAAGCGCUGGGCCAUUCUGGAGUUCGUGCGAUGUUUCUGGUGCCUGGCCCAGCUAGCCGCAUCUUGACAUGGCUUGGAUGUGAACUCGUCCUCGAAGAUCACGACAUACAUCACCGACAGGGCUGGAGAAAGUCUGGGAAUUAUGGCAAGGCCACGAGGCUAUGGGACCGCAUUUUUGGCACUUGUUUGCCUCGCAUCGAGGCGAAAUGGGUAAAUAUCGAUCAUGAGAACGCCUUGCGCAUGCCCAUUUUCUGA